AUGAAGAUCCAUACUCUGGUUAUCUUUUUAGCCUUUGUGCAUUCUUCCUUUGUGAUGGGUGUGCCAUUGAAAAGACAAGACAAUUCAACAACAACAUACAAUCCCGAAGCCAAGGCAAUCAAGAUGAAUGGACCCCUUCCCAAGGGAACUGAUACCAUCUACACGCAAGCCAAAAAUGCCACCACGUAUCCAUCCAGCGUAGCCAAAGCCAUGUCUGAAGCGGCAGCAUCCAAUGAUGUACGCAUUGCAAGUGAAGCCGAGAUCCAAACAUUGACCUAUUAUACAACAUUGUCAGCAAACGUCUAUUGUCGUACGGUGAUCCCUCUUGGCCAAUGGGCUUGUCCUCACUGUGAUGCUGUAUCCGAUCUCAAAAUCACAAAGACCUUUACUACGUUGGUCACUGAUACCAAUGUUUUGGUGGCUGUUGGUAGCAAGGAAAAGACCAUUUACGUUGUUUUCCGUGGUACAAGUUCGAUCCGUAAUGCCAUUGAUGAUAUUGUCUUUGCACCGGUUGAUUAUCCACCCGUCAAUGGGGCCAAAGUGCACAAAGGUUUCCUCGAUAGUUACAAUGAAGUGCAAAAGGAUCUUGUCAAAGAAGUGGAAGCGCAGGUCGCUCAAUAUCCCGAUUAUAAACUUACAGUGACCGGCCAUUCAUUAGGUGGUGCUACAGCUGUGCUGUGUGCUCUUGAUCUCAAAGACCGUGGUCACGAUGUUUCGCUUUACACGCAAGGACAGCCUCGUGUGGGUACACCAGCUUUUGCCAACUACGUGGUGGGCACCAAGAUCCCCUAUCAGCGUCUUGUCCAUAAACGUGAUAUUGUGCCGCAUCUUCCUCCAGGUGCAUUUGGAUUCCUUCAUGCUGGUGAAGAAUUUUGGAUUGUCGAUGAUGAUCCAACUACUGUUCGUGUUUGCCCUAAUGGAAUCGAAACUGACGACUGCGCCAAUUCGAUUGUCCCAUUCACUAGCGCUCUUGAUCACUUAAGCUACUUGAACAUCAACACUGGCUUGUGUCUUUAA